UUUAAGUUUGACAUUUGUAUCCAGACUGUUUUUAUUGAAAUUCAAUUUAAUAAGUCCACAGGGAAAUCAGGGCAUUGGAUCAAAAUAUUUAUGCAUUUCAAUUGGUCGCACACCCAACAUGCCAUAAAUAUUUAAAAGAGAUAAAUCUCCAAACUACAUUCACAUAGUGCGUACAUUUCUAUAAGUAAACAGCAUUUCGUUAUGAGUUCAACUCAACCAAUUUAAAGUAAUUUGGAAAGCCUUUGUCUUUUAUUCAAACGAGAAUGAAGCCUGCCAUAUAUAAAAGCUGGAUGACUUGAACGGUUACCAAUUUCGCUGCGAUCACCACAAUCGUACACAUCCAUACGUAUUUUCAUACUUUUUGACACCUGCGAGCACGUUUCAAUAUGCGAAUUGGUCCCGUUAUUGUUUCCACAUUAUUCUUCGUAGUAGAAAUUUCUGCUGAAUCCCAGUCCGAUAAUGAGAAAAACAACGAAAAGAAAGAUCAAGUUGGCUUAGCCCCAGCUCCUCCAAACCAAUCUGAUCCAAAGAACUCGUACAGAUCAUAUCAAAGUUCGAUUUACUGCUCUGCCACAUCUCCCAUGCUGUAUCCAACGUCCGUGACAGAAGUCCAGCAAAUAAUACGAGACGCCAUCAAAAAUGGGAACACCGUAAAAUCCGUUGGGAGCAGACAUUCAAUAACCGAUGUGAUUUGCACUGACGGGAUUCCAAUGUCAAUGGAAAAUAUAAAGUACACGAUUGCCAACAACGAUGAAACUGCCACGGUUGGCGGAGGGGCGGAAAUGAAAAGCGUCUUGGAAUUUCUCCACGCUAGGAAUCGAACUCUAAUUCAUGUUCCAACUUUUGGGGGAAUAACGGUGGCUGGUGCAAUCGGGACAGGAGCUCACGGGUCCUCGCUACUCCACCCCCCGUCUCUUUCAGAUCAAAUCGUGCGACUCACAAUUGUGGAUGGCUUAGGAGAAAUUCGAGUCAUUGAUGAUCCCCACGAGGUCAACGCGUUCCGAGUGCACUUGGGCCUUUUAGGUGCAAUUGUUGAUGUAACUCUGAAAACCGUUCCACUGUUCAAAAUGGUUGUAAGAAAUUAUGUAGAAGGAGAAAAUAUUCUUUUUGAUGGGCAAGCAAUCAAAAUGGCGGAAGAACAUGACUGGUUUGAAAUGUGGUGGUUCCCUUCGACAAAGAACGUCGUUGUAUCGAAAGGGAACUACACCAGUGAUUUGGAAACUGUUGGAAAUGCUACCACUAAUUUAAUCCCCGACCAAAACAGCGCAGAAAUCAUGAGUGCACGGGACGCGUUUGAAACUCUUCAAGGAACUCGAAAUAAACGGGGAUUGUACGCUAUCCAGGAUUUUACUCAGUUUUCAAUUUACCAAGACGUAGUAGGAAAACCCGCUUUCUUUACCGAGGAUGGAAGAACUAUUAAAAACCCAGCUACAGGUUAUGCAUGGCAAUUGCAAUCAAAUAAGUGCACCAACAAGUGUCCUUGGGACAACGGGAACAAUUCCGUCAAUCCAGAAGAAUCAUCAAUGGCGUUUGAAAUCCAAGAGCUACCCGGAGUCAUAAAAACGAUGAAGAGCAUUUUAUCCCAAAUCCAAGCAACAUUUACCAUGAUUGGCGUAUUCAUCAGGUUUUCGCCCCCUUCUGACGCACUCAUGGCAAUUUCCAGUGGACGCCGAACAGUAACAGUAGAGUGGGCUACUCCCAUGAGAAGAGACCCUUAUGGAACGUCCCGCGAUGGUAUUGGAGCCUAUCAAGCAAUUCUACAGGCGAUGGUGAAACAACACGGUGGUCGUCCUCACUGGGGGAAAAACGGGCUGUACUAUUCCAACCCUGAUAUCAUCAAAGCAACCACACCAAACCGAGAAGCUUUCAUAAAGGUCAUGAAGGCAUACGACCCACAAGGACUAUUUCUCAACAAGUUCGGUCGACGACUGCUCGGUGUGUCCAGAGAGAUGGACGUGGAUCCAAGUGUGAAACGUUGUGCGUUGCAAGACUACUGCAUUUGUUCCAAGCACUCGGAUUGUGCUCCGCUGCAGCAGUGCACAAUUGUCAACGGGUAUGCGGUUUGCAACGAAAUUGGUGCUGGAUUUCUGCCUCCCACAAUAAAAAGUUACAAUCCUACCAAUCUGACAUCCAUUUAUGAAGCUAUCGAGAAAUACUCGUUUCAUUCCGAAACUAUUGAAGGGGAUGACGCAGAAGCAGCUCCACAAUUUUCUUAGCGCUGAAAUAUGUAUACAUUUCUAAUACGAUUUGUGUAUACAUGUUCCUGUACAUACUUACAUUGAUUUACCAGAACGCAUGCCUGAUUAAUUUAUUAAACUGUAUUCCAAAAAAA